CACACAUUUAGAAUUUCAGUGUCCACUCAUUUGGGAUAUUCUAGAUUUCUCACUCAUCUAGAGAACCCGAGGAAGCCAAUGUGUACCUGCAUUGAUCUUUCCUUAUCACAGCAACCGCUUAACAAAAUGAAGAAAGCCGAGCUUGUAUUCAUCCCUCCUCCAGUUCCAGGCCAUCUGGUUCCCCUGAUUGAGUUUGCAAAAGGCCUGUUUGAUCGUAAUGAUCAUUUUUCAGUGACUGUUCUUCUCAUACAAUUUCCUACUAUCACCUCCCUUGUAGCUGAAUACACCAAAUCAUUUGCAGAAUCCAAUGUUCCAAUAAGGCUCAUCAAUCUUCCUCCUCCAGUGCACUUCUGUCCUUCACAAGAGCCUUAUAAAUCUAUUGAAAAGUUUGUAACUGAGCUUGUUGAUUAUCAUAAAGCUUGCAUUAAAGAAGCUAUUGUUAAACAUGUAGUUUCAAACGAAAACUCAGCUCAACUCGCUGGGUUGGUAGUUGAUAUCUUUUCCACAUCAAUGAUCGAUGUGGCAAAUGAACUUGGUGUUCCUUCUUAUUUGUUCUUCACUUCUUGUGCAGCUUUUCUUGGUCUCUUGAUGUUCCUUCCUACCCGACAUGCUGAGAUUGGUAGAGAAUUUGAAGAGUUUGAUGGUGAGGCUGUGAUUCCUUGUUAUGUUAAUCCAGUUCCAAGCAGUGGUAUGCCUGAAGUUUUGUUAAGUAAGUAUGGUGGCUACACGACAUUCUUGAAUCAUGGAAGAAGAGUCAAAGAGACCGGAGGGAUUAUUGUCAACACAUUUGAGGAGCUGGAGUCCCAUGCAGUGAAGUGUUUGAUGAAUGAUUUUGAUAAUGUGCCUCCUGUUUACACAGUUGGACCUCUGAUUGAUCUAAAGGAUGAGAGUAACAAGUUAGACUCGGAUGUGAUCAUGAAAUGGCUUGAUGAUCAACCUGAUUCAUCUGUUGUUUUCUUGUGUUUUGGAAGCAUGGGGAGUUUUGGGAAAGAUCAAGCAAAAGAAAUUGCAUUUGGAUUGGAGCAAAGUGGGGUGAGGUUCUUGUGGUCUUUCCGGAAGUCACCACGAAAGGAUAAACUUGAAGCGCCUAGCGAUUACAACAGUGAUGUUCUCCAGGAAAUCUUGCCAAAUGGGUUCUUGGAAAGGACAAAGAAGAUUGGUUUGGUGUGUGGAUGGGCACCACAAAAGGCAGUCUUGGCACAUAAAUCAGUGGGAGCAUUUGUGUCACAUUGUGGAUGGAAUUCGAUCUUGGAGAGCUUGUGGUUCGGUGUUCCAAUUGUGACGUGGCCUCUGUAUGCUGAGCAACAGCUUAAUGCAUUGCAACUGGUGAAAGAUUUGGGACUGGCUGUGGAGUUGAGAUUGGAUUAUAAGAUCAGUAAGGGAGAACUUGUGAAUGCAGAUGAGAUAGAAAGAGCUAUAAAAUGUGCAAUGGAUGGUAAAAAUGACGUGAGGAAGAGGUUCAAAGAGAAGAGUGAAAUGAGUAGGCUAGCUGUGAUGGAAGGUGGGUCUUCAUAUGCUGCAUUUGGAGGCUUGAUUGAGAAUAUAGCAAGAAACAAAGCCAUGAAAGAAGAAUAGUAACUAGUUUCUUAGAUCUUUUGUGCAUGAAAUAUAUUGUGCUUUGGUGUUGAAAGUUAAUCGUGAAUCUGCUUAUAUAAUAAUAUUUCAUUUUCUAAGUCCA